CCAUUUGCCCGAGGAAACAGGUCGUCGCGUCCCAACCCAACGACACCUGCAAACACAAGUCACCGAGAGACGAGACGCCUUCCGCCUUUCUUCUCCCAACGCUUUCCCUUCUUCCCUCCCAAUCCCAAUCCCUCCCAAGAACGCUCCCCCCGUGUCCUCCUCGAUCCCAAUCCUCUCCUCGCUUGGCCCUCCUCGUGCUCGCGGAUCGACCCACCCAACCCAGCUGAUGAUUUGCUCCGGCCGCCUUCUCAUGCUUCCUUUUGCCUGAUUUGUUAGGGAGGCUGGAAGCCAAAAGGCAGCGGCAAUGCCGGAGUGUCCAGCGAGGGAGCGGUUCUCCGCGCUCCGCGGCGCCCGGUGGCGCGCCGAUCUCGGCGUCCUCCCCGACUGCGCCUCCGUGUCCACCGAGGAGUUCCGCCGAGCCGCCGCCGACUCCCGCCGCAGGUAUGCUAAUUUGCGGCGGCGGCUGUUAAUAGAUCCCCAUCUCUCUAAGGAUGAAGAAAACGCUCCUGACCUUGCUGUGGAAAAUCCACUAUCACAGAACCCAGAAAGCACUUGGGGCCAAUAUUUCAGAAAUGCAGAACUAGAGAAAAUGUUGAACCAAGAUUUGUCUCGGCUCUACCCUGAAUUGGGAAAUUUCUUCCAAACAACCAUAUGUCAGUCCAUGCUUGGACGUAUACUGUUAGUUUGGAGCCUUAGGUACCCAGAGCUCGGUUACAAACAAGGAAUGCAUGAGCUCUUAGCUCCUCUUCUCUAUGUCCUCCAUGCUGAUGUGCAUUACUUCAAACAAGUCAGGGAGCUUCAUGAUGAGCUUUUUAGUGAUGAUUUUGAUGGCCAAACAUUUCCAGAUAGGAUAAAACUGAACAGGAGUGACAGGACAAACACAAUUGAGGGUAGUGCAGCUAAAAUAAGAAGUUUGGAUGAUCUUGAUUCUGAUACGAGGGACCUUUUCUUGAUUAAUGAUGCUUAUGGAGCAGAAGGGGAGCUGGGUAUUAUUUUGUCUGAAAAGUUCAUGGAGCAUGACGCUUAUUGUAUGUUUGAGAGUUUGAUGCAUGGUUCGAUGAAUGGUGCACAAGGUGUGGUUGCUAUUACUGACUUCUAUUCUCUCAGUCCUGCACCAGAAUCAAGCACAGGUUUAACACCUGUAAGGGAGGCAUCAUCUGCAAUAUAUCACUUGCUUGCUAGUGUGGAUUCCCCUCUUCACAGUCAUUUGAUGGAGUUGGGAGUAGAGCCUCAGUACUUUGCGCUACGAUGGCUGAGAGUUCUAUUCGGUCGUGAAUUUUCACUUGACAAUCUUCUGUUUAUUUGGGAUGAGAUCUUCUCAUCUCCUAACCAUUCAUAUUGUGCAGACAUAAAGAAUCAAUCAGACUAUCAGUUUAAGAUUUUAUGUUCUCAUCGUGGUGCCCUGAUUUUGUCAAUGGCAGUUUCAAUGAUGCUCCAUCUCAGAUCUUCCUUGCUAGGAAGUGAACAUGCAACUUCAUGCCUAGUAAGAUUGUUAAAUUUUCCUGGAGACACUGACUUAAAGAGCUUGAUUGAUAAAGCCAAAUUAUUGCAACCUUUUGCUCUUGAAGCAAAUCUUCCUUCAUCUCCUCUCAGAGGAAAAUCUCCCUUGAAUCCACCCAACUACUGGGAAGAGACAUGGAAGAUACUCCAGAUGUCAGAAGAGAAAAGAAGUGGUGGUUCAAUUAAUAGGAUGAAGGUAAGAGGUUUGUUCAGAAGAAGUUCCCCCAACACUGAAUCAAAUGUUUCGAGAACCAAGGAUGCUAAUUUUGAAGAUAGCAAUUCGACUUCAGGUACGCAAUCUACUGCUGAUGAACAUCACAGAUCUGGUAUAGUUCCAGUAAAUUUGGUAAAUGGUACACUUCACACGCCUAUAAGAGAACGAACAAGUCAUGUUGAACAAUGUACUGCAGAGAAUAUGAUCACCACCUCAAACAAUGUAUUGGAGGCAGGACAGCCUGAAGUUCACCGCUCCAGUUCUGUUGAUGUUAGAGAUGCUCUUGGAGUUGCAUGUGGAAAUUUAUCAAGAGACAGCAGUACCUCGUUAUCAUGUGGUACGGAGUAUGACCAUGAGACUCAUCAUGCAGAUGAGCCAUGUGCUUCCCAUGAUGAUAAGGUGGUUAGUGAGCCUGAUCCACUCCCUGUGCAUAAUGAUAAGAUUGAUGAAGUGACAAUCGCAGCCAUUCAAACAUGUGCAUUGGUCGAUUAUCAGCAAUCACAACAGAAUAAACCGUGUUCUGUUAAUGGGAAAUCAGAGGUAAAAUAUCAACAAAAUUUUGCUGUGCAUGAAGUUGGCCGCAAAGAAACAUUUGAACUAGGUUCAAGCUCAGAUGUGGCUGAUAAAGAGCUACUUGGAACAUUAAGGUUACUUGGGGAAUCUAUGGUUGAAAACAUUGAGGUUAUUGACUUGUUGUUUCAACCAAAUUUGCACUCUACCUCACUGGAUAAAUCAGAGGAAAUUGUUCUUGGUAGUAUAGAGCAAGCUAAAGCAAAAGCAGCUCUAGAAGGUCUCAAGAAGAUUAGUGAACUUCUACGACGAAUCUAACGUGUAUAUUUGUGGAAACUCGCAAGAGUAGCUCUAACUACCUGUUCCAUACUUCCAUGAUAUAUUUUCAUUUUUUUUCACACAAGUUCUAACUUAACAGAAUUGUUGUACUGAACGAACAAUGGAUAAAUGGUCCAAUUGCUUUGUAGAUAUUUUGUACAUGUUCCAUGUAAGCUGAUGAAAUCAUCACUGUAUAUUUGAACAACUCUUGGCUGAUUUUGAAGUGCUGCUGGCCUUCCGAUUUUAUAUGGCUUUGCUUUUAG